GUCGAUGCUGUCCAAUCAGAGGCCGCGAAAGCGAGACACCGCCAAGAUCAGAUUGUCAGACGCGCUGCUGUAGCAAGGCUAGCAGAGAGUGGAUAGAAAAAGGCUAACAGGCGAUUUGCUAACUUGAGAAGUGCACCGGGAUUUAGACCUCCUCUUCCUCCAUUCUCAAAUGCCAACAACAACAGCCGUCGAAGAAACAGGAGAGUGCACCCGGGUCUGAAUAUCCACAAAUAGGAGAACAUUUUCAUUUUAGCCUGAAGCUCAACUCCUCCGGUCCUUUGGGAUCAUGGCUAAAGAUGCUGGUCUGAUUGAAACAAAUGGAGAGCUGAAGGUUUUCAUCGAUCAGAAUCUGAGCCCUAGCAAAGGCGUCCUAUCUUUGGUUACUGUCCAGCCUACAGCUGCCCCUGUGGCCAAACAGCUACUACCCAAAACUCUUGGGCCAUCCAAUGUGAACAUUGCUGCCCACAUGCAACAUGUGCCACACAUGGUGAUUGGAACACCCCAGAGGCCUACGGUAUCUAAUACCAUUUUGGUAAACAGUCCACACACACCAAGUUCUCAGUUCCUCACUCAGAGUCAACCAUCCGACGCCUCUCCCUGGUCAUCAGGAAAACGAGGUAAAAAAGGGGAAAAGAAUGGAAAGGGCUUGAGGCAUUUCUCCAUGAAAGUGUGCGAGAAGGUGCAGAAGAAAGGUGUAACCACCUACAAUGAAGUGGCAGAUGAACUGGUCGCAGAAUUCAGCUCAGCAGACAACCACAUGUCACCCAAUGACUCGCAUGUGUAUGACCAGAAGAACAUCCGGCGGCGUGUCUACGAUGCACUUAAUGUGCUCAUGGCCAUGAACAUUAUCUCUAAAGAGAAGAAGGAAAUCAAGUGGAUUGGCCUCCCCACUAACUCAGCGCAAGAGUGCCAAAACCUUGAGGUGGAGAGACAAAGGCGGCUGGAGAGGAUUAAGCAGAAACAAUCACAGCUUCAGGAGCUCAUUCUGCAGCAAAUAGCUUUUAAGAACCUGGUUCAACGAAACAGACAGACAGAGCAGCAGGCAAACAGACCUCCACCUCCCAACUCCAUCAUCCACCUUCCCUUCAUUAUUGUCAACACCAGCAAGAAAACUGUCAUCGACUGCAGCAUCUCUAAUGACAAGUUCGAGUAUUUGUUCAAUUUUGACAGCAUGUUUGAGAUCCACGAUGACAUCGAGGUGCUGAAGCGUAUGAACAUGGCCUGUGGUUUGGAGGUUGGGAACUGUUCUCAGGAAAAUCUGAAGGUUGCACGAAGCCUGGUGCCCAAAGCUCUGGAGCCCUAUGUUAUAGAGAUGGCAAAGGGUCCCAUCAGUAACGUCUACAUCACUGGAGGUUCCUCUGCCAAUGGAGCUCGUUACCCCGCAAGUGAUGGUUGCACUGAUGGCACCAUGGCCUCCAGCUCGAAUGACUCUCACUACAGCGGCUCUCGCGUGGAGACUCCAGUGUCUUAUAUGGGGGAUGACGACGACGAGGACGAGUACGACGAGAACGACGAUGAAGACUAACCUGUCUACGCCUUGCCACUCCAACAAGCACAGUCCUUCAAACCACCUUCACCGUGGAAAUCUAGUCCCUUUUUUGUGUGUGCUUCUUCGACCUUUUCCCCUGUUUCCCAUGCCUGUAUUUCUGUCUGGCUUUCUCAGGGGUGUAGAUGAAUAUUGAAAGAACAGAGGUGUAAAUUGCACCCAUCUUUUUUUCUGCUCCUGAAGCACCUGCACCACAGCUCUGGGGGCGGUGUCGUCCAAGGGAACUGUAGUCUGUGGCCCGGCCACCACGCUGAAGUCUUUGUAUGUCUAAUCCACUUCUCGAUAAGCCAUCCCACUAAAAAAGAAAAAAAAAACCUCUGUAAAACCUACUGCUGUUGGAGAAUGUAUAAUGUACUUGUUUGAAUAGUUAUUCCUAUUAUUUUGCAGUUGCCUAAGGCAGACACGACGAUGAUGAUCAAAAUGUUCCGAGAUGGCCAAAGUGUCUGCUUUAACAUGCUGUGUUAGUGCAACAACAUGGAUUCAGAACGGCCUGAUACAGGUGCCAUUGCAUCCGUGGAUGAGGCUCCGUCAGAUGUGUUGAUACUUUUUGUUUUGUGUUCUGGGCAAUAAUUUGAAAUAGUUUCUUAUCCCCCAUUUUGUUGGGCUGGCUUCCUUCUGUUCUGUAGGCAGCUGCUUUCCUGAUCUUGUUUGCUAGUUUUUUUGUUUUGUUUUGUUUUGUAUUCUGGAGUUAAAGGAAUUCUCCAUCACCACCCUGUUAACGCCUUGGUAGUGUUUACAAAAUAAUGGCACCAGCAAGGUAAAGACUUUUAUAACCCAGGCUCCUAAUAGGUAAAUAAGCUUUUCUUUGUGAAUUACGUAUAUGAAUCCUACGACGAUUGUAGCUUAUAGUAUCCUUUAGAGGCCAGUGAUAAAGGUAAAAAUUAUUGAUGUAAAAAAAAAAAUGUGGUUGCAUAGGUCUUUAUGUACUCCCUUCAAAGAUCUCCCUUUUAAAACUUAGCAACACAUGUACUGACUCUUCCAAAUACCUUUUUCUGUAAUCUAAUAUAAGUUUGCAAAUUAAAAUAUAGAUUGUUUUAAUAA